AUGCAAUUGAUUAGUCUUCAGAAUGAGCAACUGAAUGAGCAGGAAAAUGACUAUCCGCUGGAUUAUGUGAUCAAAGAUCUAACCACAUGCCCGGUUUAUCAUACGCAAUCACCCAAGGACGCAAACUAUUUGGAGCCGCAUAGUGUGAAAUUUUACGCGGAGCUUGGGCAGCUUUCGUCGUUUUGCCCAAGCAAUUAUACACUUUUGAAAAACGGAAUUUUGGGCUCAUGCCAUCAGAGGUCCUCGACAAUGAAGCUCCCUUCGCUUCAUCAAAUUCUUAAAACGAGAGGUGCCAAUUUAACAAUUAUUGAAUCAAAUUCAUUGGAUGAAUCUCUUGCAGACCAGGCCAGAGAUAUUGGCGAAGCCAUAAGUCGCUAUCCGGACUACGAAAACUCAUGGAAAAUGAUUAUUAUUUUAGCCACAAUUCAGGAUGGAACCGCAUCCGAAACAGGCCAAACUGCCGUCGAGGUUCUCGCAGCGAUCGAAGAACUCGGAAAAAUACUUCCAAAGAAAACGUUCAUAGUUGUGUUGCGUACGUCUGGAAGCGGAAUUUGGAGAGAUGCGAGCCAUCAAUCAGCAGCAUGCAAAAAUCAAUUGGCGCAAUGGAAAGUGCACAACAAAUUCAAUUAUAAUUCGGUGUGGGAUCAGGUCGAGGUGAUAGUUCAAAAGAACUAUCGUAAACCGAAUUUUAACGUCGAGGUAUUGCCGUUGUUAAAAGAUCCAGCACUCACGAAUCUACCGGAGGAAGUUGAUCUGAGUGUUCUUGGAUACGAUUGUGCUCAUUUUUCGGAGCGCGGAUUAUCGCUGCUUCAUUUGGCAAUUUGGAAUAGUCUUGUUACACGAAACCCCAUAAGACGUUCGCAAUUCCGACCAUCGGCGGAUCCGAUACUAUGUCCCGAUCCAAAGUGCCCAUUUUUUCGGACCCCUGCUAACAGUGAUAUGUGCAUUUGGAUGGAGGAUAAGAAAUUUUCCGCUCCAUCUUAUGCCAGCCAUCUCAUUGUUGUCACAAUAUUGUUCGUUGCAAUCCUUCUCGCUUGCAUGAUUUUAUGGUUCGUAUGCCACUCACGACGAAUAUCAAACGAGAAAAAAGCGCCCGUUAAAGCAUUUGGAGACAGUAUCAGCUCAAUCAAAUUCAUCGACGAGGAUAUUCUUUAA